AGAGGGGGAGCAGGUUCUUGCAUUGGGGAGCGGCAAUGGCGAAGUGCGAUCGUGGCGACGCGGGGUUCCGACUAUGGCCGCUCUUCUCCGCGGCGUCCCUCCGCCGCAGGCUCCUCGAGGCGCUCAUGUGCGGCGGCGUCUCUCGCCCACGCCGCCGCAGGGGCGGCGGCCGCGGCUGCGCCGUGGCGGCGGCGGCGUUCUCGUCGCCGAUGCCGCGGCCGAGGUCCGAUCGGCUCGCGGAGCUCCUCAGGGCGGAGGCGUCGGAGUCGGGCUCCGACGAGGCGGCUGAGGCGACGGCGACGGCGACGGCGGCGGCGGAAGAGGAGGCGCGGCGCAAGGUCGAGGCUCUGAAGGAGCUCCAGCGCGUGGUGCGGCGGCUCCACGUCGACGGCGACGGCGGAGAUCGGCGGCGCGAGGCGGCGGAGGAGGUGCGGCGGCUCGCGAAGGACGACGCCGAGGCGCGGGAGACGCUGGCGAUGCUCGGCGCGAUCCCGCCCCUGAUCGGGAUGCUGGACGCCGACGAUCUCGAGCUCCGGAUCGCGGCGCUCUACGCGCUCCUCAACCUCGGGAUCGGCAACGACAUGAACAAGGCGGCGAUCGUGAAGGCCGGCGCCGUGCACAAGAUGCUGGGGAUGAUCGGAUCCCCGGAGGACGAGGCCUCCCCUUCCCCUUCCGCUUCCGCUUCCGUUUCCGAGGCGAUCGUCGCGAACUUCCUCAGCCUGAGCGCCCUCGACUCGAACAAGCCGAUCAUCGGUUCCUCCGGCGCGAUCCCCUUCCUGGUGCGCGCCUUCCAAAACCCUAACCCUAACCCUUAUCCUAAACCUACCCCCAACCCGAGCGGCUCCGACGCGCUCCGCGCGCUCUUCAACCUCUCGAUCGCGGCGUCGAACGCGCCGCGGCUGGUGGACGCGGGGCUCGUACCGGCGCUGCUCGCGGCCGCGGGCGACGCGGACGCCGGCGCGGGCGAGCGCGCCCUGGCGACGCUCGCGAACCUGGUGGCGGCGGCGCCGGAGGGGCGGCGCGCGGUGGGGCGGAACGCGGCGGAGGCGUUCCCGAUCCUGGUGGACGCGCUGGGGUGGUGCGACGCGCCCGGGUGCCAGGACAAGGCGGCGUACGUCCUCAUGGUGAUGGCGCACAAGGGCCGCGUCGCCGACCGCGCCGCCAUAGCCGACGCCGGGGUCGUCUCCGCCCUCCUCGAGCUCACGCUCCUCGGGAGCGCGCUCGCCCAGAAGAGGGCGUCGCGGACGCUCGAGAUUCUCCGUGUGGACAAGGGGAAGGAGGUAUCGGGCUCGUCGGCGGUGUCGGCGCCAUUGGCGAGGGAGGAGGAGGGAGAGGGGGAGGAGGAGAAGAGGGGGGAGGCAGGCAGAGAGGAGGAGGUGGGUGAGCGAGAGAAGCGCGCCGUGAAGCAGUUGGUGCAGCAGAGCUUGCAGAGCAACAUGAGGAUCGUGAAGCGGGCGAAUUUGCCGCAGGUCGCGCCCUCCGAGCACCUCCGGGCGCUCACCGCCUCCUCCACUCCAAGAGCUUGCCGUUCUAAACCCAAACCACAAACACCGAAAAUUGAGGAAAAAGAGUUGGAUCUGAGUGCGAUGGCCCAACCGAAUUUACCAAAGUGAGCAGCAUCACGUUCUCUUAUAAAUUACAUCCUCCUCCGGGGCUCUCUAGGUAUUGUUGAUAUUAUUAAUUAAUACAUUUUUGUAUAGGGAUAGGGAUUAGAUAGCUAGUUUGUGUCCUUUCUUUAGUUUACUAUUCUUGUUUAGCGUAUAAAUAUUCUGGGUUUGUAUUAAAAUAUGGUAAAUUUGCAGCAGCCCCAUUGAUCUUCUUCUGCCAUCUUUUUGUGGUACUCUGAAACAAUUUUGACAAGGAAUGCAGUACAAGUCUUGAUGCUCCUUUAAUUUCAGAGUGUACUAGUAAAAUUUCUUCAAAGGACCACAAAAAGAAGGUGGAAAUGAAAUCUGUGUGCCAUUAAUUACCGGAGUUAGAAAUGUCGGAUGUAGCAGCGAAUGUUACAUAUCGUUUUGAUCUAGCCUCUCGAACAACUAUUCAACUAUUCCGAAACUU